CAUACCAUAAUGUAAUGUAUGAGUGAAGGUGGAUGUGAGGUGGCGCCUCGGCUUACUGAUUCUUCCUGGCUGUUCUCUCAUGUUGAGGGAGGAUCCAGGAACUCUGCCAGCUGCUGACUGUCUGUCUGUCUGUCUGUCUGUCAGUCCGUAUAUUAACUCCACUGACACACAACAGCGAGCAGCGAGACACGCAGGAACAGAAAAGCAAAGAAAAGUGACCAUAUUGAAUCUCACAGUCGACAUGUCUCAGUAUUCAGACCUGGAGAAUGCCAUCAACACGCUGGUCACCCAGUUUCACUCUGCUUCAGCUUCCAAUGGUCCAACGCUGAAAACCGAUGAAUUCAAAGGUCUUUUGUCCUCCCAGAUGCCUAACCUGGUCAAGGUCGGCACAGACCAGGGAAUGGGUGAGAUCCUGAGGAAGAUGGGUGUAGCUGAUGGCGAGGGCAUCUCUUUCAAGCAUUUCUGGACCUUAAUCCAGUCAGUAGCCACCUCACAGUACAGCCAACUCAGCAGCCAGAUGGGCUCCUCAUGCAAAUGCAUCCUCAUGUGAAGAGCCAGCUCUCAGCCCAACACAGCUCUGAGUUUAACUAAACAGAGUAUUAAUAUGCACAUCACUCUCCUAAUCAGGUGUCGGAUACAAAGGUACAAAGUCUAGUCUGCACACAGCAAGCUGUUCCCACCAUUUCUGACUAAAACAUGACAGUUUGUAAAUGCUGUGAUCUCUUUUCCACAUCACUCUUCUGCCAGUAUAAUGUCCAGCAGUUCAAGUUCAAAUUCAGUCUAGUUUACAUUUAAAUUCUCAUUCAUUCUUUGUCCAAGUCUAUAAAUUGCUAUAUUUUUAAGCACAUGAUAAUUUUGGCUUAGGUUCCUAUUACUGUAUAGGACAAUCAGAUUUUGGCAUUAGUCACAGAAAGUUGGCUGUCCUUCUCUGUUGUCUAUAAUUAGUGAUCCAUGGUGCCUUCAAAUGGCUUGUGUUUACUACACUAAUACUAAAAGAAUGAAUGUUGUGGUAUUCACAACUUCAUAAAACCUUUUUCUAAUAGCUCAAAGCGGAGUGUUGAGAAUGGUGUACUCCAUCAAAUGUAAGCAUGGCCUUGAAAUGGAGAAGAUACAACAUCAUUGACCAUUUUACAAAAGGGAACAAGAACAGGUUCUUAUGUUCAUCUCACUAGUAAGCCACAUACAUGUAUAUAUUUUCUAUACAAUGGUAUGGUGUAGUAAACUUUGCAUGUAAAAAAUGUACCAUGUUAAGCACAUGUAUGAGAGCAUUUACCAUCAAACCGAGUAACAGUAAUUCUUAGAAACAUUAAGGAGAAAUUAGUUUACCUUUCCAAAUAUUUGCAAUUUGUUUCUUCUUUUGCAAAUAACAAACUCCAACUGUGUUAGCAAUGACAGUUUACUAGUCAUCAUCUUUUUUUUUAUAAAUAUGAUACUAACCAUCUUAAUUUUACCUAAUGUGUCAGUAACAAAACACAAAAGUCUACUUUGGAUUAUUUCUAAAUGUCAGUAUGUUUGAAUUUGCAAUCAUUUGGUGAAACACCUCUUAUUGUGUGCCUUAUAGUCCCUUUAUAAGUUUCUACCAGUAAUUCUUUACCCUCUGUGAUCCUGCAUUUUCUUUGUAUUUAUAUUUUGGAAUUCUCUGUAUUCUGACCUAUGUGACACCAUAAGAAAAAUGAUGUAAUAAACAUACAAAGAAAUCAACAUUACUGCAA